UACUUUGCCCUUCAUCAUCGUAAUCAUCACCAUCAUCAUCAUAAUAAUAUUACAUCUACACACAAAAAAAAUUGAUCAAGAGAUGAUCAAAGUCAUACCCAUGAUGAAAUUAGUCACAAAUCUUCCAUUUUUGCUACUUUUAGCAUGUUCAUUGCAUAUGAAUGAUAUGAUACAUGCACAAACAACUCAAGACUCAUGUAGUUCCAACACAAAUCUUGCGAAUUUCAACGGUAGAAUCUCUUUCGACGUAUCUUCUCUCAAUUGCUUUUCUGUGUGGACAUCUGAAGAUUUCAUCCUUAGAUAUUCACAAGCGGGUCCAAGUUUGUGGAGCUUUGUGUUGUCCACACCAAACACGAAUUCGUAUAUUGGAAUGGGGUUUUCGCCAAACGGGGGUAUGGUUGGGUCUAGUGCCGUUGUGGGUUGGGUGGGUCGAGAUGGAACAACUAGCAUGAGAAGGUAUUUCCUUGGUGGUCAAACCCCGAGUCAAGUGUUGGUGGAUCAAGGAGACCUACAAAUCGUAGGAAACACAUCAACGAUCUUUGUAGAUUCGUCUCGGAUCUACAUGGCGUUUCAGUUGGUUACCGACCAACCUAGACAACGACUUGUGUAUUCGGUAGGGGAUAGCAACAAUCUACCUCCAAGUACACCGAGUUAUCGCUUGACUCAACAUAGAAGUCAAAUCGCGAUUAGAAUGAACUACGCAACGGGUCAAAGUAGCCAGACUAAGGCCCCUUACUCGAAUUUGAAGAGAGCUCAUGGAAUCUUGAACAUGAUGGCAUGGGGAAUACUAAUCCCUAUUGGCGCAAUGGUUGCGCGCUAUUUGAAGCAUUUGGACCCGUUAUGGUUUUACGUGCAUUCAGGCGUUCAGUCAUUAGGGUUUAUUCUUGGAUUAGCAGGCGUGAUUGCGGGAUUUGUGUUAGAUGAUCGUCUUGAUGCUAGAGUUGGAAAGCACAAAGGACUUGGAAUAUCCAUUCUUGUACUCGGUUGUCUUCAGGUUCUAGCUUUAUUGGUUCGUCCUUCUAUAGAUGCAAAAACGCGACAAUACUGGAACUGGUAUCAUCAUAGUGUAGGAAGACUUAUGAUAUUGUUUGCGAUUGUGAAUAUUUUCUAUGGAAUCCAUUUAGCUAAGGCGGGAACCUCAUGGAAUGUUGGCUAUGGUGUUGUUCUUGGGAUAUAUGCUAUAACCAUUGUGAUUUUAGAAAUUAAGAUGUUACGGAAAAAAUAGACGUUUUUCAUUAAUUUAUUAUUAAGUUAGGUUUCACACUUUCAUGUCUGGAGGUGAAAUACCAUUUAUUAUUGUCUUUUUUUUUCUGUUAUAUUUAUAUGUUAAAUUGUUAUACUUUAUAACCUAAGACAUAUGUUUGAGAAACAUAUCCUUCUUUAA